UAGAAAGACCUAGAACUGUUUAGGUUUCAGGUCCAGGUCGGGGUUGGGAGGAGGGAGGCUUUCCAGGUGUGCCUAUUUGAAGGGCACCUCCCCUCCCCACCACAAAAGGGCUCCUGGAAGUUUGGAAAGUACUUCCCGGUUUGUCCGAGGCCAGGUGGGCAGUGGCUGGGACUCCCCGCCCCCUGACCGGCCUCCUGUCCCGUGUCCCCAUCCUGGCUGUUAUGGAAAUGAGCCCGCCCAGCACCCACUUACUCUAGGCGGUCAGUGGUGCGCACCCAAACCGGGCCCCUCCCGCAGUUUUAAGCUCCUGAGUCUGAGUGACUCCCAUCCCUGCGCUCGGCUGGGCCCUAGCCCCAAAGCUCCCCCCAGCUCCCACCCCGCGUCUCCUUUCUCUGUCCCCCAUCGUUUCCCCCAGUGCAGACCCCUCCCCCGGCCCCGCCUUCGGCCGGGGUAGGAGCCCAGCAGUUGCUGGAGCCAGAGCGCUCCGCUUCCAGGCCGGUGGAUCCGCUCAUCCGUCUCAUUCCCUGAGCUGCCGCCGGCGGAGCCAGAGCCAGAAUCAGGCCAGUAGCUACCGUGACAGCUGCAGGUGUCCGAGCCAUGGAGCGGCCUCUGGGGAAGGAACUCGCCCUGGCGCCGCUCCAGGAGUGGGGUGAGGAGGAGGUGGACGGAGCUGUGUACCACAUCACUCUGCGGAGACAGCGCAGUCAGCGGCCUGGCCCGGGUGGGGGCCGAGGGAGGGGGCGGGGUCAGGCUCCGGAUUCCGGAAGAUCAGAAGACUUUGUGCACUAUCGCACCUGCAAAGUUCGGGCGCUUCGAGCAGCGCCACUGGAGCGACUCGUGCUGGAGCUGGUGCGAGGAGAUCAUGAACAGGACCCAGCCUUCGUGCCCGCCUUCCUGGCCACACACCGUGCCUUCGUACCCACCGACCGUGUAUUGGGGCUCCUGCUGCAGCCUCGGCAGGCCCCGAGACCCCGAGGGGAGAGACAGGAAGAGGAAGGUCAAGGCCCCUUGGAUGUGAGCCAGGAGCAGGAGUUGAGGAAUUCACGGCAAGAAGAUAGGCAAGGCCUGAUGUUAGACUCUGGCUUCAGGGCAUUGAUAACUGUGCUGGGCUCCUGGCUGCUGGAUCACCCCCAGGACUUCAAAGACCCUCCUAGCCACUCCAACCUGGUCCAGGUUUGUACCUUUCUGAGGUGGGCAGCACCAGGGGGCCCAGAGAGCCAGGAAGCUGAGAGGCUGCUGAGGCACUUCCAAGAGGAGGAAGAGGAAGAAGUGGCCAAGACAUUACAGGAGGAGGAAGAGGGGACAAAGGAGGCCCUAGAAGCAUCAGAGCCUUCUCAUGAUGAGUCUCCAGGCUCAGAGGACCCCCUGGAGGAGGAGGAAAGACAAGGAAAGGAGGGCCCAGAGCUUCUGGAUUUCAGUGUGGAUGAGAUAGCUGAGCAGCUGACCCUGAUGGAUAUGGAACUUUUUUCUCAAGUAUGCCUUUGGGAGUGCCUGGGUUCUGUGUGGUCUCAUCGGGAUAGAGCAGGGGGCCUUGGGAGUGCCUCCUCUGUCCGUGCCACCGUGGCCCAGUUCAACGCAGUAACUGGUUGUGUCCUGAGUUCAGUGCUGGCGGGACCAAGCCUACCCCCACCCCAUCGGGCCCAACGCCUGGAGAAGUGGAUCUUCAUUGCUCAGCGCUGUAGGGAGUUGAGGAACUUUUCAUCACUCCGGGCUAUCCUAUCGGCGCUGCAGUCCAACCCCAUAUACAGACUCAAGAGGAGCUGGGGAGCUGUGAGCCGGGAGCCGUUGUCCAUGUACCGGAAACUCUCAAAUAUUUUCUCUGAUGAGAACAAUCACCUCAACAGCCGGGAGAUCCUCUCCCAGGAAGAAGCAACCGUGAUCUCCCCUGAAGAGAAGACGGCUCCAGGAGUUCCUCCCUUGGUAGGAGGCUAUAUUGGACUUGAGUUCCAGAAAGUUCCCCCUGGGCCUAUCCCCUACCUGGGUACCUUCCUCACUGACCUUGUCAUGCUGGACACAGCACUGCCCGAUCUACUGGAGGGAGAUCUUAUCAACUUUGAGAAGCGAAGGAAGGAGUGGGAAAUCCUGUCCCGGAUCCAACACCUUCAGCGUCGCUGUGUGGCCUAUAAUCUACUAUCACGGCCACCUGUUCUUGCUGCCUUCCGGGCCCAGAGACCCCUCAGUGAGGAGCAGAGUUAUCGCCUGUCCCGGGUCAUUGAGCCUCCAGCUGCCUCCUGUCCCAGCUCCCCCAGGAUCCGGCGACGGAUAAGUCUUACUAAGAGACUUAGUGCGAAGCUGUCUCGGGAAAGAGGCUCGUCUCCAAGCCACCAGCCUGGGGAUCCCCCCUCUCCCAGCCCCAGUCUCUCUUCAGGUUCCUACCCACCCAGCCCUGGAGAAGGGGACCCUCUGACCCUCAGCCCUCCUCCAUCCCCAGGAGCAACUGGUCUGGGCCACAAGGGCUCCCUGGAGCUGCCUUUGGGAACCGAAGCUCCUGAGCUCCAGCAGGCCCCGGGCUCUCCUGGAAGCAGUGCCCGAGCUCCCCACCACCCAGGGCAGCCGAGCCCAGAUGCCUGUGUCAUCCGAGUCAGCAUUGACCAUGACCCCGGGAACCUGUAUCGGAGCAUUUGGCUCACUAGCCAGGACAAAGUCCCAGGUGUGAUUCUCCGAGCCCUGCAGAAGCUGCACCUGGGGCAGCCACAGCCCCGUGACUAUCAGCUGUUCCAGGUCUUGCCUGGGGACCGGGAGCUCCUGAUCCCAGACAACGCCAAUGUGUUCUAUGCCAUGAGCCCAGCUAGCCCCAGGGACUUUGUGCUUCGGAAGAAGGAGGGGGCUCAGUCACCACCCUGAUGACUGCUCUCCUUCCUGGCUGGGGAGCCGCAGGCUUGGACCUAGCCGGGGCCACAUCCAGAGGCAUGCUGAGGCACUGACCCCAACACGAUCCCUGGUGCUCCCAUACCUUAGUGUCUGUGUCCUCUUUGGGGAGCUGGAAAGGGAAGGAGACUGGCCAGGCCACUAGAUGGCAGCUUGCCUGGGGCUGGGCGGCAAUGGACCCAGCGGACAAGGAGACGGAGACCCUGACGUCGCUUUUGGGUGGGAAGGGCAGGGUUCUAUCUGGGAGGGCCCGGGACCCCUUUUUCUGCCUUCAUAUCCCCUUCAGAUGUCUUCUAAUAUUAGCCCCUGCAGGACAAAACAAAUAAGGUUGGAAUUUUAGAAACCUGGCUGGUGAGGUGGGGUGACCACAAGUCAGACUCUGCUGCCUUUCUCUCUGCCCUCCCAGCCAGCUAGCCACCCUAACCCAGGGGCCAGCCUCCAGAGUUCUGUUCCCAGAGACAAUUGGCUCAAGGGUUACCAUGGGAAAGAACUUCAGCGACCGUCUUGCCUAGAGUGUUCCUGAACAAAGAAGUUCGCUGUAGUAUUCCUCCCUAAAAUGUGAUCUUCUAGUCUUGUCUGGAAGCCCUUCCCAGUGAGGAAAAACCCUCUGCUUUAUAUCUCCCCAAAUCCCUUUUUAUUCUCAAUCCAAUCUGGGGGCAUUUUUCUUUGUAUUACGCUUAAAUUUGCCUAUAUAUGGCUUCCAUAAUGCCUAAUUUUGCCUGAUGGGGCCAAGCCAAUCAAGUCUAAUCCUUUCUCCAUCUGCUAGUCCUUCAGUUAAGAUGAACCAUACAGUGACUAUUCCCCCUAAGGUUUCUCUUUUCCAGGAAAAACCUCCCUAGUUUCUUCAAUCAAUUGUAGAAUGAUGGCCUCUUGUCCCCAUCCCCUACCUUAUUGCCCUGGUUACCCUCUAGGACCCUGGUGGUGAACCUAUGGCACACAUGCUAGAGGGGGGGGCACUUGGAAUCUUCUCUGUGGGCACACCUGCCAUCACCCCAGAACAGUUUACCAGUUUAUUACUAGAAAGCUGGAGAGAUGCAGAGCUGGUCUGCUCCCCUCUCCCUCUCCAAGGGCUCCUGAGGAUAUCACCCGCCCUUCUAAAAGGGGAUGUCCUUGGCCUUGUCAGUGUCUAGGUGGUAGAUAGAAUGUUAGGCCUGAAAUAAGGAAGUAUCAUCUUCCUGAGUUCAAAUAUGACCUCAGAUACUAGCUGGGUAACCCUGAGCAAGUCACUUAACUCUGUACCUCAGUUACUUCAUCUAUAAAAUGAGCUGGAGAAGAAA